AUGGCUUUUGUUGCCAACGAUUCCGGCUCGGUGGAAUCCCGAGUCUAUGAUGUGGCCAUUGUAGGUGGGGGGAUCAUUGGCCUGUCCACCGCCAUGCAACUACUCCAACGGCUCCCGGAUCUGAACGUUGCGGUGAUUGAAAAAGAAACCACACUGGCCCGGCAUCAAACCGGGCACAACAGUGGGGUGAUUCACUCCGGGAUCUAUUAUCGUCCAGGUUCGUGGAAGUCCCGGUUCUGCGUGGGAGGCAAAGAUCGCCUGAUCGAUUUCUGCAAUGAAAAUGAGAUCGAAUAUGAAGAGUGUGGGAAGGUUAUCGUCGCGACUAAUGAAUCCGAGUUGGGUCGGUUGGAUGACCUCUUUGAGCGUGGCGUGGCCAACGGCGUCCCCGACCUAGAGAUUAUUGGCCCGGACCGACUGGCAGAAAUCGAGCCGCACACCACCGGGGUACGGGCGCUUUGGGCGCCUCACACCGGGAUCAUCGACUACGUGCAGGUUGCAAACGCUUACGCCGGCAAGACCCAGAUUGCCGGUGGCGAUAUUUUCACCGACGCCCCGGUGACUGCAUUUCGCGAAUCCAGCGGUGGCAGUGCGCUGGAAACACCUCGUGGGUCCGUGCAAGCCAGGCAUGUCAUCAAUUGUGGCGGACUGUACGCAGACCGGCUGUCACGCAUGAUGGGUGAAACAACCGACGUCCGGAUCAUUCCUUUCCGUGGAGAGUAUUACAAGCUGGUGGAAGACAGCCAAGACCUGGUGAAAGGCCUGAUCUACCCGGUGCCGGACCCGAGGUUCCCGUUCCUGGGCGUGCAUUACACUCGAAAUAUACACGGCCACGUGGAAGCCGGACCCAACGCGGUGCUGGCCUGGGCCAGGGAGGGAUACCGCAAAAGCGACGUCAACGUUGGGGAGACCAUGGGCGCGUUGGGGUUUCCGGGUUUCUGGAAGAUGACCGCCCGCCACUGGCGCACCGGCGUGAAGGAAAUGCACCGGUCGUAUCGAAAAUCGGUGUUCGUAAACGAUCUGCGGAAACUGAUUCCAGAGAUUCAACCGGACGAUCUGGAAACCGGCGGGAGUGGCGUCAGGGCACAGGCGGUUUCUUCCUCGGGAGCAUUGCUCGACGAUUUUUCACAUCCUCAGAGGACAGCGUGCUUUGCAUGUGCUCAACGCACCGUCGCCUGGCGCCACGUCGUCGCUGGCGAUUGGCGAGUACCUGGCAGACUUGGCCACUGA